AUGAGCAAGAUCCCAUAUGCGUCAGCUAUUGGAUCCAUCAUGUAUGCCAUGAUAUGUACUAGACCAGAUGUUUCCUAUGCUUUGAGCAUGACCAGUAGAUACCAAGCAAAUCCAGGUGAUGACCAUUGGACUGCUGUGAAGAAUAUUCUAAAGUACCUUAACAGGACUAAAGAAAAAUUCUUAGUUUAUGGAGGAGAGGAUGAGCUAGGUAUAAAAGGUUAUACUGAUGCUAGUUUCCAAACAGAUAAGGAUGAUUUUCGAUCGCAGUCGGGAUUCAUAUUUUGUUUAAAUGGAGGAGCGGUGAGUUGGAAAAGUUCCAAACAGAGCACCAUAGCAGAUUCUACAACUGAAGCUGAGUAUAUUGCUGCAUCAGAAGCAGCAAAAGAAGCUGUCUGGAUAAAGAAGUUCAUUUCUGAACUAGGAGUGGUUCCUGGUAUUGCUAGUGCUUUGGAUGUUUAUUGUGAUAACAUUGGAGCUAUAGCACAAGCAAAAGAACUAAAAUCACACCAAAAAUCCAAACAUGUCUCGGAGUUUCGAUGA